UACGAGCCGUCCUCCGUACACUGCAUCAACUUCGCUUGGACCCUUUUUCCCACUCCCGACUUCCGAUAGAACUACAUAUAGGUUGUCGCGAAAUCUGUACCCCACCAAGCAAACCACUUAUGAAUUGCCUGUUGCUCGUAUUGGAACUGUUAAGAGUAGAUACUUUGACAAAUCGUAGCAUGUCGGAAUUUCAAUCCAAAAUUCUGACGAUAUCCAACAUUAAACAUGCCAACUGAACUUACCACAGCAUCCCGUAUUCUCAUUGCAAGAGGCGGGACUUGGGCUGUAUGUACAGCUAUUCGCUUAGCCCGUCGAGGUUAUAUAGAUGUCACAAUAUUCGAUACAUACUCCAUACCAUCUCCAAUAUCUGCUGGUAACGACAUCAACAAGAUUGUGGAAGAAGGCACGAACAAUGGAAUUUCCGGCAUUGAUCAAAAAGCUCACUAACAAAUAUAGGCUCCUUUCUCGAGGAUGAAGAUGAUAUCUCUAUGAUCUCAACAAAGCAACCCGGGGUUGGUUGCCAUGAUACAAUUUUCAAACCUUACUACCAUCCAAGUGGGUACAUUGUGGCGGCGGAUAUUUCAGCUGCGUUGGAGCAGCUGGAGAAGCGAGAGACGCCUAAUUCACGGAUCGGUUUCGUGACAUUAAAUAUUGCGGGAGAGUUCAGGAAAACUAUGCUGCCGGGGGCAUUGACAGGAGAUUUUCCUGGUUGGAAGGGAGUGUUCAAAUCUUCUGAUGCCGGCUGGGUCCAUGCUCGUAAAGCCGUAAAGAGUGCAGCCAAAGAAGCGGAAUAGCUUGGGGUGAAGUUCAUUACUGGAUCACCCGAAGGCUUUGUCACUAGUCUCAUUUUCGGGGAUAGAGACGUGUUAGGCAUUAAGACUGCGGAUGGAAAGGAACAUCGGGGCGAUAGGGCAAUACUUGCAGCUGAUGCUGGAGCCGAUGCACUCUUUUGAUUUUAAAGAUCAGCUUCGGCCGACGGCUUGGACUUUAGGACACAUUAAGAUGUCAGAGGAUGAAAUAACAUUGUACAAGAACCUCCCUGUCCUUUUCAAUAUAGAAAAAUGAUUUUUUUUAUAGAGCCGGACGAAGAUAACCACGAGCUUAACAUAUGCGAUGAGCACCCUGGCUAUUGCAAUUGGGUAAGUUGAUAUUUCGUUGACUUCGGAAUCCGAUUGAAUCAUUCAAAAGACGUCAGAAAAUAAGAACAUUCAGUCCGAAUGUAUUGAAUUUGAGGUCGGAAUCUAUGAUUACUGAAAUACUGGUGGCAUUUUACGAAUAUAUGCAGCCGUUGGUGAUCCUACUCAGCUUAGUGACUAGCAGUGAGGAGACACGAGUAACCAUUGACCAAAGUAUGCUUUUAGGUUCCGGGAUCGGAUGGCAAAACUAGGAGCAUUCCAUUUGCGAAACAAAAGAUCCCAGUCGAUUCUCAAAAGAGAAUUCAAUAAUUUCUGUUAGAAAC